UAAACAACACUGCAUUGCUGUCAACUACGAAAACAAUUCUAGUCACGAAACGUUUGGAAAAACGCGGCGUCGAACGGUUACGGUAACGUGUGCGCCUCUAUAUCCACGAAGACACUGCGAUAUCGAAAUGUGCCGUGUCUCAUCGACGUCAUCGUCAUCGUUGUUCUGUCAAAAUGUAGAGACGGUCCCCUGAAGCUGAAAAUAUCGAUGAGUGACAUUUGCCAUUGAUACGGAAAGAUGUCAUCGGUAGUUUUCUGCGAUAGAAGGAACACGUAGAUAGAACGUGACGGAUUUCUCUGCCAUUAAAAUAUUUCUAUUUAUCUUUCUUAAUUGAAUUCAUAAAAAAACACGUAUACGCAUACUUAGUAUCUUGACUCUGAACUUUAGGAAGAGUUGAAUUUGUGUCGCUGCUGCACAUGUGAUCCUUUGGGUGUUAUCUUCGGUUCGUAAUGAAGAAGUUUACAAUUAAAGGUGUGCUCGACGGGUUCCGAUCGUCGGUGCCCCAACCCGUCAAACCUGACCAGGAAAUCGUCGAAAAUUUACGGUCGGAACACUUUCAAGUAAAGAAGACAUUCACACAUGGCUUCCCACAUCAGCCGACAGCAGUGGCAUUCGAUCCAGUUCAAAGGCUUCUCGCUAUUGGUACCAAAUCAGGAUCCCUCAGGAUUUUGGGUCGACCAGGUGUAGACGCGCACGUAAAGCAUGAGGGAUGCACAGCUGUGUUACAGUUACAGUUUUUGGUCAAUGAGGGAGCUUUGGUUUCUGCUACAGCAGAUGACACCUUACACUUAUGGAAUUUCCGGCAGAAGAUUCCGCAGGUCGUGCAAAGUCUCAAAUUUCAAAGAGAAAGAAUAACUUGCAUUCACCUACCGCUACAAAGUAAAUGGCUGUACGUUGGCACAGAGCGAGGAAACAUCCACGUACUUCAUAUCGAGACGUUUGUCCUGUCUGGAUAUGUGAUUAACUGGAACAAGGCUAUCGAAAUAUGUAGAAAGACCCAUCCUGGUGCUGUACUACACUUGAGUGAUAAUCCUUUAGAUUUGAGCAAGAUGCUGAUAGGAUAUGAAUCGGGGCAAAUAGUAUUUUGGGAUUUGAAAACGAAGAAUGCGGAUUACAGAUGCCAAAGCGAUGUACCGUUGAGAUCGAUAACGUGGCAUCACGAGGGUAAACAGUUUAUGUGUAGUCACACGGACGGUUCUCUGUCAACAUGGACGGUGCGACAAGUGAAACCGACGAGUGUAACGCAUCCCCACGCAAAAACUACUAAAGAUGGCGAGCCAGAACCGUGCAGAUCAAUUCAAAAAGUCGAAUGGAAGCUUUCCAGAUCGGGGGAAGCAUACGUUAUAUUUUCCGGUGGCUUAGCGUACGAUACAACUGGGCGAACCCCAAGUAUAACUGUUAUACAUGGGAAAACUACUACUGUACUAGAAAUGGAGCACAAUGUGAUAGACUUCAUAACACUAUGCGAAAAUCCAUGGACUAGUGGUAUAUUUUUAGUAUUUCUAGUAUUAUCAGGAUCCAUACGCUGUCGUGGUCCUACUACAAAGUGA